CAGCAUCCAACACCGAGCAGAAUUGUGAUUCUCUUUAAGUUACUGUGGUUUAAAGUUUCCGGGACUCGCGGAGCCCCGUCCAUCGGCAAGCUUAAAGUUCAUGGGAACUCUCUAAGGGAAGAAAAAUAACAUCUUUCUUCUCUAGAAUUGCUGGUCAUCAUUUGUUGAAGAUUAAAAAGUCGUCCAUACGUCAUGGCUACCAUUGUUUUCGAAGAAGGUCCAAAGGCUCCUCGCCCAAGUGGGCUAAGGAAGCAACUUCUCUGCCAUGUUGUUGAUGGCAUGGCAGCUUCGCGGCCGAAUGCUUCGUACGCAGAAUAUCCUACGGACCCGAACUGCUAUUCGAAGGGAUACAGCAGGAUCACAUAUGCCGCAUUCGCCAAUGCUAUCAACGGGCUAGCAUGGUGGUUGAAAGAUCACAUCGGCCACGCAGAAGAGUUCGAGACUUUGACGUAUAUGGGUCCGAAUGACUUUCGGCACAAUGCCUUGAUUCUUGCAGCAUGCAAAGCUGGGUACAAGAUGUUGCUCUGCUCACCUCGAAAUACGAUGGCGGGAUACAAGAAUCUUUUCGAUACGCUUGAGUGUAAAAAUCUGCUUGCAGCGCAACCACACCCCCAGAUCGUUGACACACUACUCGAAGCCCACCCCCUCAGGCUGUUGAGAGUACCUAGCAUAACUGAGUUACUUAGCCAGAAGUACCCUCACUAUCCGUACGACAAGUAUUUUAGCAAGGCUCAAGAUGAGCCAUUAGUCGUGCUUCAUACGUCUGGGACUACCUCAUUGCCGAAGCCGAUUAUCCUCACCCACAAUUGGGUGGCCACCUGGAUAGCGAUGUGUCAACUUGAGCCACCAGCGGGAACAGAAAGUCUAGACCGGUUGCAUCAGGGAAACAGGAUGUUUGUCAUGAUGCCACCAGCCCACGCCGGAAACAUCAUGCCGACGCUGUUUGACGCUGUAUUCAACCAGACCACUAUCAUUUAUCCACUCCCCGAUGUCACGCUAUCGCCGGCGCAUAUUGUGGACUGUUUGAGCCAUACGAAGGCAGACAUUGCUCUAAUUCCGCCAUGGAUGGUCCAUGAAGUUGGCCAAAACCAAGAGCUGCUGGACUUCGUCGGCGAGAAUCUCGAAUCCAUCUUCUACACGGGUGGGGACGUUGCUGAACCCUUCGGCGAUGCAGUAUCCUCACGGGUCAAGCUUUUCAAUGUCAACGGGGCCACGGAGAUGGCUAGCUUUCCUGCCCUGAGGCCCACUGGGAAUUGGUCGUCAAAUGUCUGGAAAUAUAUCAUGCCGCAUCCUGUGGCCGGUAUUGACUUUCGAUGUCAUUCCUGGGAUGGAGGGGAUGCCAAAUAUGAAGCAGUCAUUGUGCGAAACGCUGAUCCUGAAUUCGUCCAACCCAUCUUUACGGUGUAUCCACAUCUAGACGAGUAUCAUUCCGGGGACUUGUUCUCUCCACACCCAACAAUACCUGGUCUUUGGGAAUACCGAGGUCGUGGUGAUGAUUGCUUCGUUCUUGUAACUGGGUCCAACAUUUGCCCGCUCAUGAUGGAACAAAAGGUCAUCGUGCACCCUGAAGUUAAGGGAGUAUUGAUGAUCGGCCAAAGACGGCCCGCUCCAGCCCUCCUCGUUGAAACUUGUUCAACCAAGGAACUGUCACCUGAAGCCCAAGCAGAGAUGGUGGAUAUGAUAUGGCCGCUGAUUGAAGAAGGGAACUUGUCAUACUAUGAAGCUGCCAGAGUAACCAAGGACCGUGUCCUCCUUACCUAUCCCGACAAGCCUAUGAAGCGGGCAGGGAAAGGGACAGUACAAAGGAGGGCUACUGUGGAUAUGUAUAUGAAGGAAAUCGAGGAGCUGUACACAACUAAGAAGCACUAUUGAGGUCUACACUCCAGGCUCCGCAGCGACUGCCAGAGUUAGACGGGGGGAAUAAUAUUCAGGAUAAGGAGAUUGCGUAGGAACGAGUUGGCCCUUGGAAUAGUGGUAAACUCGCAGGCGUUCGUGUGAGGCUUGAAAAACUGUCCAUUGAAGCUUCUAGUUUAGGAUAUCGCUUGUUAGUAAUACGACCGCAGGGGUUUCGUGUAAUCACGUACGAGACAAAUCCAUCCAUGGAAAUCCAGGCCAGGCGUUGAUAGUACAUUCGGCAUUGGAGAUUUGAGUUUAGAUAUUGAGGAUGCCUUCCUUUAAUCUAUUAUGCUUGCUUAGCCCCU